GUGUGUGUGUGUGUGUGUGUGUGUGUGUGUGUGUGUGGAAGGCAUUUUAUGAAUGUGUGAGACAAAGAAAUAGAGAGCUGUGGGGAAAGAGAGGGUGUUGCACUACAGCACUUUUUUCUACCGGUUGUUUGUGUCAGCAGUGAGGAAAGAGUACACAGACAUAGCUUAGGAGAGGAAGGCUCCAAGGAGAAGGGGAGGGGGGGGGGGGGGUCUUUCUGUGUGUGUGUGUGUGUGUGUGUGUGUGUGUGUGUGUGUGUGUGUACAAGGCAUUCACCAUAGUCUCUUUUCUUUUUCAGCUUCACUCCUGCAGAGUGAGGCGAAAGGAGGUUGAGGGUGCAUAAAGACAAAAAAACGAAAUAAAACAUGUAAAGGUCAGAGCGUGAUGACUUGCAGAGGGAGGUGAGAUAAAAAAGAGCAGGGGGGCGUUGGGGUCGUGCCGAGAGUACAGCCGUACUCGGCACUUUCUGUUUGUGAGUCAGUAAACAAAAGUGAGUCUGUUUGCACACAAAGACAGUUCAGUGACUGCAGAUAUAGGGUCUUCUUGUUUAUUGUCCUUGCAGAAUGAUGUGUUUUUUCGUGUGUAGCUCGUGUUGCUCUGCAUGUUUCCUGUGGACUGUGCCUCCCUCUGUACAUCAUCUGUUGCGGGAGUAUUAUAUCAGAGGGUAUUAGUCCUGAGGAUCUUGGACUUUCCCCUGUGCAAAUAUGACAGCUGUUCACAGAAGGUCACAGCUAUUAAUAACCUGUCUUCUACUCUGUGUGUCUCCUAUAAGACUUAUCCCUCGUAUCCCCAGAAUUCCUAUCAGCCACCAUGGACCACAGAGGGGAACCCCAGGAAGAACUCAUGGGGCUGAAACACGAGGAGCUGCCGCAGAUGGACGGAUCAUGUGACGCGUGCGAGCCUGACGAGGCCCAGCCGGCCACACAAGUGUGCCACACCUGCAGCUUUGCCUUCUGCGCUGUCCAUGCUGACGGACAUGGCAGCAGCACACGUCACCCCAUAACGCCUUACCACCACGAGGGGACACAAGCUAAUGGACUUGGCACCAACAGAGACUUCAGGGUCGGAGACGGAGCCGAGGACGAGGCUCUACUCGGAUUGGCGAUGGCUAAUGGCGAUAAUGCUGGGGAAAGAGAGGGAGCCAAGAGUGGUGUGCACCAGGAGGCUGAGCCGGGUGAUGGAGCCGAGGGUGCAGAAGCAGGGCAGGAGGCCUUGGCCGCUGGGGAGGCUGGGAAGAGGGACACCGUGACAGUAGAGAGACUGCGCUGCAAGGAGCAUGGACAGGAAGCCUCGCUGUACUGUAAACCAGAUGAGAAGAUCAUCUGCGUGGUGUGUGCCGUGCAGGGUGAGCACCGUGAGCAUGAGAUAAUCACGCUGCAUGAGGCCUACGUGUGGCAGAAGAGCAGAGAGGGUUAUGACCUGCUGGGCUGCACACAAGAGAUGUCUGAGAAGAUCAAGACCAAGUGGACCAACCCCGAGAUGUCAACAGAGGAGCUGGAGGCCUAUGUGAACAGUCAGUUUGAUGAGCUCCGCAAACUGGUGCGUCUGGAGGAGAAGAGGACCCUUCACCUGGUAGACCUCAAAGAGGCGUUUCUGACGGCAUCCGCUGCUGAGAAAAUCGCCGAGAUCUCCGUCCAAACCGAGCGGCUGCAGGAAGAGAUGGCCAACAUCACACACCAGCUGUGCCUGCUGGAACAGGCUGAGGCGUUGGGUCCUGUGAUGGCAGCAGAGGCCCUCAGAGCGGCACCAGCUCACAGAGUGCCGCGCGACAUUGAAGCCAGGCCAAGGCUACCAGAGCCGAGGGCAGACCCACGGGACCUUGACGACAAUGAUUCUGGACCCUCCAUGGGCCACGCCCCCUGAUACCAGCAGACCAGACUCCUACUACAUUCACCCGUCCUUCAAUGUCUACUUCAGCCAGCCGUCAGCUGAGCUGUCAGGCUGGCCCUCUCUUUCUCUGUCAGCCGUCUCCUUUUCUACCCCUUUCCCCCUCCCCCCUCCCCGUGCCUGCUGGCAGUGAGCUGACCUUGAAGAGGGGUCGAUGUGACAAAUAUGGAUGGCCACAUCUUUUCUGUGUCUGAACUUUUUUUUUUUUUUGAAAUUCCUCAGUAGCUACAAACUUUCUUUAAUUGAAGCACACAAGUUACGUGCAAUCAAUUACCGUCAGGCUCAAUGUCCACAGCCAGUCGGAUCCUUGGCUUACUGGUGAGCCCGGCUGACUCAGAGAGGAGCCCGGGUAGGCAGCCGAGCAUCUGUUACCCCCGACAGAUGUCAGAAAUGGGAAAUUCUGUAGCGCCGGUUCUCUUCACACUUCAUUUGUGCACAAUAUCAUUUUGUUUCUGUCGUUUUGACAAACAUUCUAACAAUCCUUGGGUGUAAAAAGGGAACUUUUGUCAGAUGCCACAAUGCCUUACGUCAUCGAGAGAAUAUUACAACGGUGUUUUUAAUGUUGACCAAAAAAAGCCCUAAAAAAACCAACCUAAGUGCCCCUCGCUUUUGUUUUAUAAUGUUGUACUUUCCAUCAUCCUGUUCCCCUCACCCCUCUGCCCUACCCGCUGAUUCUAUAUGCUUGUUGAUUCGAGCGCACUUCCUUGUGUGCUUGUCAGAUCUAUUAUCAGAAGCGAGGGACAUUUUGACGCCUAUCGAUUGGCGAAUGUUGCUGAGUCUUUGUUAGGUGAAAAUCGAACUGUAAUUUGACUGUGCAAAAUAGCACUCCGGCAGUAUCAGCUCUCUAUGCACUGUAAUGUAAAGGCUCAUUACUCCUGGCCAAUCUGCAGGGCAUGACAGAUUGCAAUCCGGACGAGUGUACGCACUUUCUACCUUGACCCACUCAGCCGUGGCUUUCAUUCAUGAUGUACCGCCGCAAGUCCGUCUGUGUCAGCAGAGUUUGUUUUUAACGUGAUUGAUCCUGUUGCCUUUAAUUCAAAAUUGAAAGUGGUGUCACCCAUCAUAUGUGGGACAUAUUUGACAACAACAUGACUUCACUGUGCUGUAGCGUUGCACUAAGAAGCACUGAGAGUUGUGUACCCACCCAGGGGAAAUGUCUGUGUGUCAACAGCCUAUUGAAAUGACUCCAAAGGGCUCCGUCUUUAUUCUAGUGUAACAACAGGCAGAAGUCUGACUGUCUGAUAUUUCCUCUGGUUUUUAUUUGUCUAUUAUUUUGUCUUUAAUCUAUAAAUAAACAGCCAGUUUCUUAGAUAGGAUGUUGAAGAGGACAUUCAUAUUUUCACUUUAGGAACAAUUCCUGUAUUAUUUUUCUCUUGCAAAAAACGCUGCAGACACCUGAAUACCAUCAGUCAUCCAAGACGCUGAUAUCAGAAAACCUCGCAGGCAUGCGAAGACGGAUGGAGACAGGAGGAGAGAUGAAGUGCUGUAAAGACGGGAGGAGGGAAGGGGAGGACUUCUACUUCUCCUUCAUCAAAAUACAAAGCAGGAGCUCAUCCAGACAGGACUGGGAAUAGUAGGUUUGGAAACAAAUGGGGGUUGAUGGAGCGGGAGAGCUCUUUGGGUUCUCUGCUUCGCCACAGAGGCAUUUAAAUACAGACUGGUUUUAUUCCUACGAAGCCAGAACCCACUUCCAUCAGCUCGCAGCCUCAAUCAGAAAGCCGUUGUCUCUACGCUGCUUAUUUUUCUUUCUCACUUUACUUCUCAAAACAGCACUAUGUGGCUCACUCUUUGCUUCACCCCUGCUGUCUACCAGAGCCGCCUCAUCAAGCCAAGGAUGCUUUUUUUUUUUCAGCAUGUCUGAUCUCUCCACAUUGAGAUAUUGACUGUGAGAAACUCAUCUAGCCGGUGGUCAUUGCUAUCUGGGUGGUAACACAUCUGGGUUUGCAUUCUCUGGUGAGUUUCCCUUUACAGAAAUAAUGGGGCGUAAUGAUUUACCGCAUGAGGCAUUGAUCCUCUGCAUUCACUAAGCCACUGCUGACCGACCAAGCACCAGAGCACUCAAACCCUUUUAGAGAUUUUUUUUUUUCUCUUGUGUGUGUUUUACUGUUUCUGAGGCUAAUUUGAUUCAAGCCCCCCCCCCCCCAUCAAAGAGAGGCUGGUUUCGGAGAAUAAUCAUUACGCCGUCAUCUGCGUCACCUCCGACGUGGAGUCUGGCAUGAUCAUAGAGAUAAUAACAGACCUGAUGGGGGACAAUGUGCCUGUUGUCUAGGGAGGAAAUGGAGAGAGGAGAAGAUUGUCUGAUCUAAUUUAGCCAGGGAGACCACGAAGUUCCCUUCUUUUCCACACCCAAUUACACCUGCUCUUCCAGGUUCACUUCACUGAGCGUGUUCACACAGAGGCACAAUCAACACAAGCACCAGCUGUAAGACCUACGCUUUCCUGGUGGGCAAAAAAAAAAAAAAAAA